AGAAGUCAUUUUCCUGGCAUUAGGUUGGUAGCAAAAAACUUGAAAGAUGUUUCGAUUUAUUAUAUUUAUUGGAUUGGCUUUACUGAUUGGUAGAUCAAUACCAACAGCUGCAGAAACAUCUACAGCUCCAUCAACAAGAACAACAACCCCUGCACUAACAUGUAUAAUAGCUACAGCGGCAUCUAUAGCUCGAUUAACAAAAAAUUCUGCACCGACAUGUAUAUCAGCUACAGCAACAUCUAAAGCUCGAUCAUCAACAACAACCCCUGCCCCACUGUCUACAACUCGCUCAGCAGUCACUGAACCAACAUCUACAACUCAAUCAAGACCACCUGCACCAACUUUAAGUUCAACUGUGCUAACAUCAACCACUCUGUCAUCAACAACAGCUGCACAAACCUCAACAUCAAGUGCAUCAACAUCGAUAUCAGUUGCAUUAACAUCUACUCGAACACCAACAUCUACUUCUCAAAUGACAUCUCAACUUACAUCUACAACUCGACCAGCAAGUCAGUCUACGUCUUCAUCUCCAGAUUCGGUCCCACAAACAUUUGCUUAUGCAACUUUUAAAUUGAGAUCCUUUGUUGAGCUGAGCAAUGAUGAAAUCAUUACAUGUAUUGAAAAGUUUGUCAAGCACUUUCAAUCAAACAUUAGUGGGACCAUCAGGAUUACUGUGAAGAAAUCAAGAAAAUUGUUGGCCUAAGGAUCUGAUGGAAAACUCUAUCCCAGACUACAUUUCACAUAAUCCUUUGCCGGACUCAUCAUAUCUGAUUGCAUUCACCUUGUCUUGUUUCCUCAUCAGUUUCACCCUAUUUAUAGCCUGGUUACCCAUUCAUUCACUGCUCAGUAUUGUUAGCCUGUAGCGUUCCCGUGUUUCCCUAGUUUUCCUAGUUCCUUGUUGCCUUGCCUUGUUUGGACCCUGGACUGUUUCCUUGUUUCUGAUUGUUUGCUGCCUGCCCUGACCCUUGCUCAUUUUGUGGAUUACUCUUUUGUCU